GCUUUUCGAACACAUUUUCUACGCACAUCGCGCCGCUGAUCCGUUCAAUUUAACGAACUUUAACAACAGCACGAGCCAACAUUAAUCGCUUUGUCGCGGGUAAACGCGCCUUAGUUGGACGUGUGAGUAGUUUUUGUCCCCCUUCCUCCAGCUCCGGCGCGGAGGGAUUUGCGCUGUGCUGAGGCUGAGGCUGAAUGAGAUUGAAGAAGAGUUCUUCUUGUUUUGUAGCUUCAGUUUCUCUGUUUUUACACAAAUUUUACUGAAACUAAAUAUAAAAUACAGCAACAAAAUAAAGCUCGGCGGGGAUAGAGUGAACUGGACUGUUUGUAUGCUGUUAUUCCAUCGUGGAUCGGCUUCUUAUAGACAUAUAUAUUUAAUUAAUCUAGAGGAGGACUGCUGCUGAGGCAGCACAGAGGGGUGGAGUCAGUCCCACAGCCAGGUGCGGCACUUUAAUGCUUCAGUUGGAUGGUUUUCCUACAGGAGACGGUGUUCAGGCUGAUCGAUCGGCUGGCAGACUGACUGGAUCCAUGAUGGAGUUACAGACGUUACAGGAGGCCCUGAAGGUGGAGAUCCAGAUCCAUCAGAAACUGGUUGCCCAGAUGAAGCAGGACCCUCAGAACGCAGAUCUGAAGAAGCAGCUCCAUGAACUUCAAGCCAAGAUAACAGCGCUCAGUGAGAAGCAGAAAAAGGUGGUGGAGCAGCUGAGGAAGGAGCUGCUGGUGAAGCAGGAGCCGGAGACCAAGCUGCAGCUGCACGUCCAAACUCCUCCAGCAGGAGACAUGAAGCAGAGCCAGCAGACGCUGACGGUCACGCCGGUCCUCACCACGAAGACUCUACCUCUGGUGCUGAAAGCUGCCACCACGCCCGCGCUCCCCGGCUCCGUGCUGCCGAACCGCCCGGCCACCGUCGCCGUGGUAACCACAGCUAUCACCAAACCCGACUUGCAGAACGCCCCCAUCAACCUGCAGGUGGCCAGCAAGCUGACCAAUCAGAGCGCGGAGCCCGUGAGGCUGGUAUCCAAGAACGCCAUGCUGGUGCAGGCCAACGCCGCCACGGCCGUCGGCGCCCAGCCAAUCAAAGUUCCUCAGUUUGUCCCUCCUCCUAGACUGACGCCUCGACCCACCUUUCAGCCACAGGUCAGGCCCAAGCCGGCAGCGCCCACCAACGUGCACAUUGCUCCGGCGCCGCCCCCGCCCAUGAUGGCGGCCCCCCAGCUGCUGCAGCGGCCCGUGAUGCUGGCCACCAAGCUGUCAUCCUCGCUGGCGUCGGCGGCGCCCAUCCACCAGGUUCGCAUCGUCAACGGGACGCCUUGCAGCAAGACGGGCGCCACGCCGCUCACCGGCAUCGUCAUCACCACGCCGGUGUCGGCCGUGCCAGCGCGCCUCGCCAGCCCGGCCGCCGCCCAGGCACCCAGCCUCACCCCCAUCCUCACCCCGACCCCCGCCAGGCCAAUCCAGAUCAGCAGCCUCACCCCCGUCACCAAGCAGACGGUUAAAUCAGAAGGCGGAGCAGAGCAGAAGGUGGCUGUUAGCCUCCCGUCCUCCUCCACUCCUCCGUUGUCUCCUCCUCCUCUUCCUCUGCCCAGAUCCAAGAAGGAGGAGAACCCCGAGAAACUGGCCUUCAUGGUGUCUCUGGGCCUCGUUACACACGACCACCUGGAAGAAAUUCAGAGCAAAAGACAGGAGCGGAAGAGGAGAACGACGGCCAACCCGGUGUACAGUGGCGCCGUGUUUGAACCGGAGAGGAAAAAGAGCGCAGUGAGUUACCUGAACAGCCCUCUGCACCAGGGGACCCGGAAGAGAGGUCGCCCACCCAAAUACAGCAGCGUCCCGGAGCUGGGCAGCCUCACCCCGACCUCCCCCUCCAGCCCCGUCCGCCCCCUCCCCCUGCCCAGCCCCAGCUCUGGGGAUGGAGACAUCCAUGAGGAUUUCUGCACUGUGUGCAGACGCAGUGGCCAGUUGCUCAUGUGCGACACGUGUUCUCGUGUUUUUCACCUGGACUGCCUGGAUCCACCCCUGAAAACCAUUCCUAAAGGCAUGUGGAUCUGUCCAAAAUGUCAAGAUCAGAUCCUGAAGAAAGAAGAAGCCAUUCCCUGGCCCGGCACGCUGGCUAUCGUUCAUUCCUACAUCGCUUACAAAGAAGCUAAAGAAGAGGAGAAACAGAAGCUGAUGAAAUGGAGCUGUGAACUGAAGCUGGAGCGAGAGCAGCUGGAGCAGAGAGUCAAACAGCUCAGCAACUCCAUAACGAAAUGCAUGGAGACCAAAAACAGCAUCCUGGCUCGCCAGAAAGACAUGCAUCUCUCCCUGGAGAAAGUCAAACACCUGAUUCGCCUCAUCCAAGCCUUCAGUUUCAACCAGGCUGUGGCAGAGACAGACGGUAAGGACGUCAGCUCCCAGGACAAUGUCAGCGCCCAGGACAAUGUCAGCGCCCAGGACACUGUCAGCACCCAGGACAGUGUCAGCGCCCAGGACAGUGUCAGCGCCCAGGACAGUGUCAGCACCCAGGACAGAGUCCAGGACGGCGCAUCUGAAGCAGCAGACGCCUCUGAAAAAGCUGCAGUUGCAUCCGAAGCUGCAGUAGCUUCUGAAAAAGCCGCAGUAGUCUCUGAAAAAGCUGCAGUCGUCUCUGAAAAAGCUGCACCAGAAGCCAACUCUGUGGAGAAAGUGGCAGCUGGGAGCUCCGCGACAAAUAGCAGCAGCAACGCUGACGGAAACGAGAAACAACAAGAGCACGACGCCGCAGGGAACAACCAGACAGCAGGAAGUGGAGACGCAGACAGCCAGGCUGUCCUAGAAGACAUCGGCGUCCUGACGGCAGACCCCAGCCCCGGUGUCGGGGCGGAGGGGAAGGCGGGGCCCGGGGACGUGGCGGGGGGAGGGGGCGACGAGGUAGUGUCCAAACCCGAGACUGAGGCGGCUCCGCUGGUUGACAUUCCUGCUCCCUCAGCGGCCGCGAGUGUCGCUACGACCAACGGUACGGCUGAGCCAGCUUGCGCUGCUGAUCGCAGCCCCGCGGGAGCCUGCACCAACAACGGCAACACCAACUCUGAGAACAAGAUGGCUGCCGUCAACCAUCCAGAGACGGCGGUGGAUCAGAAACAGGACGAGAUCACCGACCGUGACGGCAGCAGCAGCAGCAACAACAACAACAACCGCAAAACCUCAGAACCCUCCCAGCAUUGUUUGCCAGCUCUCGUCAGCAGUUUGGACAAUAAAAAGUAACGCUUUGGCUCUAAAAAUUGCGGGAAUUCAAACAUAUAUAUAAAAAAAACAGACUUUUGCUUGCACCGCACGGUGCCCUGAAGUUGCCAAUCUGUAUAAAUGUUGUUUGUUUGCAUUGUAUCGUCAGACUGUGUCAAUGGUUAGAUAUCCAGCCCCCGGCUCUGGAAACACGGCGACCCCCCCAAACCCAGAGCGGCAGGGGUGCAGGUACGCUGUCGUUCCAGUGUCGGCAUGCCAAUUAGUGAUAGACGUCAGUGGUGGGAAUGCUCGAAGGGAGAUUUAGUUCAUUAUCACACCAGUGUGUGCCUGUUCAGUGGCUCCUGCGUUCUCUCGGUUGGGAGGGGUGAUGGUUUUCAAACGGAGAACAAACAUCUGUCGGGGGUUACUGGUCUAAAAAACAGUGUUGUGAUUAUGUGAGUAUGAAAAGAAAGCCUGUUCUUCCCCUCGUCCCAACAAACUAAAUGUGAACAACCUUCGUCUUCUGCAACUUUCCCUGAUCUCCUCAACCCUAAACAUUAACCAGUAAGUCUUGUCUUUAACCCCUAUUCUUCCUGAUCUCUACCUCCCCCAAUCUGUCCUAUCCAGUCCAGCAACAAUCCAAUGUGACGUCCCUCUGAAACCCCCCAAAAAGGGCAGCAGUAGCUCAUACUACGUUACGUAUGAACUAGGGCUGUCACAAUCGUUAGAAUCCAAACAAUACAUCAGCAACCCUAAACUUUACUUAUAGGUCCCAUCCUUAACCCCUACUCUUCCCGAUCCCCAACCUCCCCAAACCUUUCCUAUCCAAUGUGACGUCCCUCUGAAACCCCCCAAAAAAGAUGCAGUACGCUUCAAACUAACUAGCUCAUACUACGUUACAUAUAAACUAGGGCUCUCAAUUUCAAUUUUAUGUGAAAAUGUAUCGAAAUGAUCUAGGUUAGGGUUAUCUAAUGUGCAAUUUAUAUAAUAAAAGAUCGAUACUGGGCGUUCGUAUUUCCACGGAAAAUAACUCAAUACUGUGCUGUAUCGUUUUUUUCAUCCACGCCUGCUCCUUACGUUUUCCACACCUUUAAACUAACGUCCCUAACUUCCAAAUCAGUUCACGAACAAAAAAUCUGUGUCCAAUCAACAACAAAACGUCGACCAAAAGCCUUCACCGGUGACUGAACCACGAACGUACCUUCCCCAACCCUAACCUUAAACUCAACCCUAACACUUUAAGCCCGACCGUAACGUUUGAGCCCGACCGUAACGUUUGAGCCUAACCGUAACGUUUGAGCCCGACCGUAACGUUUGAGUCUAACCGUAACGUUUGAGCCCGACCGUAACGUUUGAGCCCGACCGUAACGUUUGAGCCCGACCGUAACGUUUGAGCCCGACCGUAACGUUUGAGCCCGACCGUAACGUUUGAGCCCGACCGUAACGUUUGAGCCCGACCGUAACGUUUGAGCCCGACCGUAACGUUUGAGCCCGACCGUAACGUUUGAGCCCGACC